AUGUUAUUUUUCAGAUGGGUGCAAGCUUGGAAAAUUUGCGAAUUCUCAAAUGAUUUAUCACAUUGGAAUAUGUUUGCUCAUGCUUGUCUUUUGGAUUCAGAUGUAUUAAUGGGUAAGCAAAAAAUUAAUAUAAUUUCAACAAAAAUAAAUAAAUACAAAUUGAUGAAAAUGCAAAAAGUAAUUGAUAAGAAGUGUUCUAAUCAUUAUGAAUCGUCACUCAAAAGCUUUUUUCAAAUUUGGCAAAAAAUCGAUAAAUACUUGUUUGAUUAGUCACAAUAAUACUUUUUGUAUGGAUGCUAUCUAAAUAUUGAAACACAAAAAAAAUGAAUUUUUUGAAACAAAAAAAACAUGGAUAGAUAAAAAGGACAUGUAAAUUUAUAUUUAUGUGUUGUUUUUUAUUUGGAAAAAAAAACAAUUUUUUGGAUAAUUUUGGGUUUCGAGGACUGUAAAUACACAAACAAUUUUCCAGCCAUUCGAAUAUUUCGACAUAUUGGUGACGUGGCAAUGGUGAACGCUUUGGAACAACUUGAACAUCUCGAGGAGAAGAAUCUGUUAUCAGCUCAAGUUGCGAUAAUUCUUGGAAGAUAUGAUGAAGCUGAGCAGUUAUUCAUGUUAUCUUCUCGACCAAAUGAAGCACUUAAUGUACUUAAAAUAAUAUGGGGGAAAAUAUUUGAGAGAAAUUUAAUUUUUCAGAUGCGUCGAGAUCUUUUGGAAUGGCCAAAAGCAUUGGUUUUGGCUGAAAAAAUGGCACCCGAAGAGAUACCGUAUAUUUCAAAGGAAUAUGCACAGCAAUUAGAAUUGAUGUAUGUUUUGAACCUAGAUACAGUAACCCUUGCAGUUUGAGUUACAGUAUACCUUGCAGUUCUCGAUAAUUGUCAUCCUAAUCCUGAGGCUACAGUAUACCUUGUAGUCUUCAAUUUGUUAUUCGGGCUAAACUAACUUCUGAAAAUUCUCGAGGCUACUGUAAUUCUUUGCAGUUUGGAGUACAGUAGGUCAUCGUACUCUUUGUAGCCCGGGAUGGCUACAAAAAUCCUUCGAAUUACAGUAUUCCUUGUAGUCUUUGAUUUUUAAUAUGAGGCUACAGUAAUCCUUGCAGUUCUAGUUCAGAAAUAUUUCUCAAAUCCCUCAUUUCAGGGGUGAUCACGCAAAUGCUCUUGACAAUUAUGAAAAAGGAUUGUUGGAUAAUAACUUGGUUGAAAAUCAAGAACACAAUGAAAUAUGUCAAUCUGGAAUUGCUAGAAUGUCAAUAAAAACCGGAGAUUUGAGAAGAGGAAUUCAAUUGGCAAAAAGUUUGGAAGGUCGAGUUGUGAAAAGAGAUUGUGCAAUUAUAUUGGAGCAAUUGAAACAAUAUACUGAAGCUGCACAACUUUAUGAAAUUGGAUUGUUUUUUGAUCGAGCUGCAGCUGUUUGUCUUAAAGCAAAUGCUUGGUUGGUUUUUUUUUUGGGAUUUUGACAAGAUUUCUUGAAAAUAAUUUGCAAUUGGUUGUAAUCACAAUAUAUUUUCUGACUAAAAAUAAUUCAAAAAAUCAACAAAUGUCUACUUUUUAGGGGAAAAGUUGCUGAUCUUCUUGACAAAGUCAAAUCUCCAAAAAUUCAUAUUCAAUAUGGAAAAAUAAUGGAAAAUGAGAAGAAGUUUAAAAUGGCGGCUGUUGUGAGUUUUUUUUCUAGAUUUUUUGCGAAGAUAUUUCUGUAGAGCAUACAAGAAUUUUUCAGUGUUAUGAACGUGGUCGUGAUUAUGACAAUCUUGUUCGAAUACUCCUUGAUCCAUUAAAUAUGCCAGAAGAAGCGGUUCGAGUUGUGAGAGAAAGUCGGAGUAUUGAAGGAGCGAAGCUUGUGGCAAAGUAGGAAUAUUUUCUGAAGGAGGACCUAUUUUUGAGCCCUGGCUACCCCGUGAGCCUCUCUGAUUUGUUUCUUUUUCCAGAUUCUUCUCUCGUCUUGGUGAUCACAGUUCAGCGAUUCAAUUCUUGGUAAUGUCUCAAUGUAUUCAAGAAGCUUUUGAUUUGGCAGAACGAAAUGAUAGUAUGGCUGAUUAUGCGACUGCAAUUGAACAACACGGAACAGCUGAACAGGCAAAUGAAUUGGCUGAAUAUUUUGUAUCAAUUGCUGAUCAUUUUAAUGCUGCGAGGUUUCAUAUUAAAGGAGGACAAUUUCAGACUGUGAGUUGAUUUUUUGGUGUUAAAUUUGUCUAAAAAAAUUCGGACACUUUUGAUUACUCACGUGAACUUGUGAAUCGAAAAAUUCAGAAGUUUUUUCGUAGAUUAUUCGAAAUCAUUUUCUGGAUUUUACAUAAUGCUGUAUUUUUAUUCAGCCAAACUUUCAACGAUUUUUUAUAGAAAAUGAACUGUGCCCCUAGGCAGAAACAGUUAGAAAAUUAAUAAAAUUAAUUUUUAACUUAUGCGGCUAUUCAACUCUUUUCUCAAAUGCUCAAAGAAUUCAACAAAAACCGAAAUUUUGAUUCUCGUUGAAAGAAUUCAACAAAAACCGAAAUUUUGAUUUUCGUUGAAAGAAUUCAACAAAAACCGAAAUUUUGAUUCUCGUUGAAAGUAGUUUUAGAACUUUACUCGUGACAAAAGUUAUUGAAGGACUGAAAUUUCUCAGAAAUUUCACGAUUUUUACCGAGAACAUCAUAUAUGAGAAGAUAGAAAAAGACAAGGCAAAGACAGAAAAAUAAAAUAGGAUUGUGAAAUUGACUAGAAUUUCUGAAAAACAUUUUCCAAAAACUACUGUGGCCUCAAAUUUCAAAUCCUCUCAACUUCCAGGCAAUGAUCCUACUUCUUCGACUCGGAGAACGUCAAGAAGCCAUCGAAUUAUCAGUAGACUGUGCAAUCAAAUCAAAUGACAAGGAAAUAUUAAAUAAUGUUACACAAUUCCUAACUGGUCAAAUCGAUGGAAUUCCAAAAGAUCCAACACAUUUAUUCCGUUUAUAUGUUGGCUUAGGAAUGGUGAAAGAAGCUGCCAAAACUGCUGUUAUUGUUUCACAAGCACAUCAAAGUAGAGGAAGUUAUCGAAUUGCACGCGAUGUUUUAUUUCAUAUGUAUAUGGUAAUUUGAAUCUGAAAGUGGGAUUUUCAGAAAUAAAUAUAUAAUUUCAGAAACUGGAAGAGGGACAACUUAAAAUCCCAUCAGAAAUGCAUCGAAAUAUGACAAUUAUUCAUUCGUAUAUAAUUAUAAAGCCACUGAUUGCGAGAAAAGAACAUUUGAAAGCUGCAAGAAUGUUGAUUCGAACUUGUGAUAAUAUUAGCAAAUUUCCAACUCGUAAGUUUUUUUGAAAGCAGUCAGACCAGGCAUGUUCAUUUUGCUUUGCCGGCAAAAAGCAAAGCAGCUUUGCUGGGCGUGGCUUUGCUUUUUGCUGGCAAAAAGCAAGUAAGGAAAAAGCAAAAAAGCAGCCGCGGCUGCCUGCCGGGCUGCUUUUUCAAAAUACAAAAGGCAACAAGCGAAGCUCCUCCCCUCCACACACAAAACAUGGCAACACACAAAACCAGUGAACCGUCCGCGUAUGCAUUUAUUCAAGUAGUCUCGCGCGCGCGUUAGAGAGGCAAAAAGAGGUUGUUUUGUCAAUGCAUUUUCACUGCUUUCAGAUGAUUUUGGAAGGAGUGAAAAAAGCAUUGCCGGCAAUUCGGCAGGCUGCUUUGCUGUUGCUUUUUCACAGUCUUACCGUGUAAAAGCAAAAGCGGCUUUGCUUUUUCGGGGGACGGCAAAAAGCAGGCAAUGCCGGCAAAAUGAACAUGCCUGAGUCAGACACAAGAUUUUCUCAAUUUCUUCACUGGUUCCUUUCAUUUUGAACUAUUUUUGACACUAACGAAGCUUCGAGGAAAAUCGAAAUAUUUGUCUUACUGCCAUUACUUUAAGCUCAAAAUUUAUUUUUUUUAUUUAAUCAAAACCAAAAUUUUAAAAUUGGAAAAUUCUGAAGUUUUCGAUUUUUGGAUCUAAAUUCAAGAAAAAGUUGAGUAUUCCCAAUGAAUGAUUAAGUAUCAAAAGUUUUUAAAAAAAUCUUCAAAUUUAAUUCCAGAUGUUGUUCAAAUUCUAACAAGUACAGUUGUUAUUUGUACUCAAGCCGGUCUUCGAAAAUCAGCUCACAAAUACGCAUCAGCUCUAAUGAAUCCAGAAUAUCGACCGAAAAUUCAUACAAAAUAUAAGAAGAAAAUCGAGGAUAUUGUAAGAAAAAGUGGAAAAGAAGACGAUCCUCAAGAAGACAAAUCAAUGUGUCCAUUUUGUAAUUAUUUGAUCGAAGAAACUAUUUUGACAUGUAGUCAAUGCAAAAAUAAUCUACCGUAUUGCAUUUUGACUGUAAGUUUUUGAAAAAAUAUAUUUAAAAAAAUUAAACACAUACUUUUAGGGUCGCCAUCUGAUAUCGAGUGAUUUCGCUUUGUGCACUACAUGUCAGAUGCCUGGAUAUUUCUCAGAAUUCAAAAAAUUAUCGGCAUUGGGAUUGAAAUGUUAUAUGUGCAAUGGUGAAACUGGAGAUGUUAUUCCAGGAGAUUCGAAAUCGUAUUUCGACAAAUUCGCCGAACAAACAUAA